AUGUUUCUCAAACCAGCCAUUGGGGCUACGCUUGGUGCCCUCUUGUCCGGCGCUUGCGCUGCCCUCGAAUGCUCCCCCUUGGCCAUUGGCAAGCCCAAGCUCCUCGGCGCCAGCAUUAUCGACGUGCACGCCCACGAAACCCACAACUACACGACCUACGGCACUGGUCCCGGCACCAACGACGGCGGCCUUCAAACCAUUAGCUUCUGCAACGUGACCGUGAUUUAUACCCAUCCGGGUUGGAACGAUACAGUCACCACCCAAGUGUGGCUGCCUCUCGAAAACUGGAACGGGCGGUUCCAAGGCCUCGGUGGCGGCGGCUACAGCACUGGCAUCGACUCCGUGUAUCUCCCCUACGCUGUGGCACAGGGCUAUGCCUCUGCGUCGACGGACGGCGGCCACGCUGGAGGAGUCAUUACCGCCACGCUUGACCUCUCAUGGGCCCUCAGCAGCACGAACAAUGUGAAUUGGUUCCUGUUGGAGAAUUACGCCUCCAAGGCUACGAAUGACAUGGCCGAAAUUGGGAAGCAGGUUAUCGAGGCCUACUACAAGGCUCCGCCGAGAUAUUCGUAUUUCAAUGGGUGCUCCGGGGGCGGCAGGCAGGCGCUCGCCAUGGCGCAGGCCUUCCCUGGUGCAUUUGACGGCAUCCUUGCUGUUGCCCCCGCCAUCAACAUCGAGACCUUCAUUCCGGCAGGAUACUGGCCAAGUCAAGUCAUGAAUCGGGAUAAUAUCUCCCUGUCGGCUUGUGAAGUGGAGGGCUUUACCCAGGCCGCCGUCCGUGCCUGCGAUGCGCUUGAUGGGGUGGGGGAUAGCACCAUCAGCCUGCCGAGCAAAUGCAAGGUCUCUGCCCGCGACUUUGUGGGCCAAAAGUACAACUGCAACGGGACAGAGUAUACGUUGACAGUGUCCGGUGCCAAGGCAGUGCAGGCUGCAUGGAGCGGGUCUGGAGUGUCAGGCUACUACGGCCUGAACAAGGACGCAGACCUGACAUCCUUUUACAUCCCAACGGGCAGCAACGCUGUUGACGGGAUCGAGUUCUGGGGUGGCGACCUUUUCCCGAACUGGAUUGUGUACCUUGCUGCUAAAGACCCGCAUUUUUCCGUCUCCGACAUGACCAAUGCAGAGUUCUUCGACGCCAUCAGAUAUUCCCAGGCCACGUAUGCGUCAAUGCUCGCGACCAACAGCCCUGAUCUCUCGGCAUUCAAAGCCGCCGGCGGCAAGAUGAUCGCCUGGCACGGGCUAGCAGAUGAAGCGAUCCCACCCAAGGGAAUCGUAUCCUACUAUGGGGAGGUACUGAAGAAAGACCGCAGGGCGCAUGAUUUCUUCCGGUUCUUUGAGGCUCCGGGGGUUGGUCACUGCUCUGGCGGGUUGGGACCUGUUCCAAACGCGGCGCUCGAUCAGCUGGUCGAGUGGGUUGAGAACGGCGCUGCACCUGAUACUCUGCGUGCAGAUCGCGGGAGCAAUGGGACGGAGAGGAAUCUGUGCCAGUAUCCUCUUCAGCAGGUCUAUGUGGGCGGGGAUCCCAGCAAGCCAGCGUCUUUUACUUGUAAAUAG